CAAGGAAUCAGUUAAUGCAAUAUUCACAUUAUUAAUUUUGGGAGAUUCGAUCUGCGAGGAACCACAAUCAUGGCGGCAGUCGAGCCCAUCCUGCCUAAACCAGGCCAGCACAAUGUCCUCAUCACCAGUGCUCUCCCCUACGUCAACAAUGUUCCUCACUUGGGCAACGUGACUGGUAGCGUGCUCCCCGCAGAUGUGUUUGCGCGGUAUAACCGGGCACGAGGCUUUCCAACACUAUAUAUCUGCGGAUCCGAUGAAUAUGGAACGGCCACCGAAACAAAAGCCUUGGAAGAAGGAGUGACUCCCGAGCAGUUGUGUGCGAAAUAUCAUGACAUUCACAAAGGCAUUUACGAUUGGUUCAAAAUCAAAUUUGAUAUUUUCGGCAAGACGCCCACCGCCCAACAAACGAAAAUCGUCCAGCAGAUAUUCCGACGAUUAUGGGAAAACGGGUAUAUCGAGGAGAAGGAAACCACGCAGCCUUACUGCCCCGACAAGGAUCACAGGAAAUUUCUUGCUGAUCGAUUUGUCGAGGGUGAAUGCAGUAUAUGUGGCGAUCCCGGCGCUCGCGGAGACCAAUGCGAUAAGUGUGGUAAUCUAUUAGAUCCCUUCGAGCCGGAUGUGAAGGAGAAUGGAGACCAGGAACAAGAUGUCGAGGCCAAGGCUACUGGCUGGCUGAUCAAUCCCCGUUGCAAACUUCAUGCCAGCGCAACCCCAGAGAAACGCCAGACAAAACAUCUUUAUUUGCGCCUGGAUGCAUUGAAGGACAAGAUCGUGCCCUGGUUUGAGAAGGUUAGCAAGGAGAACGAGUGGAGUCAUAACACAACCUCGAUUGUGCAGUCGUGGAUCGAUAAAGGCCUUAAACCCCGUGCCAUCACUCGUGAUAUCGAAUGGGGUGUCCCGAUUCCUACGGGGAUCGAAGGGCUUGAUGAGGAAGAGUAUAAGCACAAGGUGUUCUAUGUCUGGUUUGAUGCAUGCAUUGGCUAUGUAUCCAUCACAGCCAACUAUACCGACGGAGAUAAUCUUGCGGGUACUCUGUGGGAACAAUGGUGGAAAGACCCCGAGAAUGUCUCACUCUAUCAGUUCAUGGGCAAGGACAAUGUCCCAUUCCAUUCAAUCAUUUUCCCUGCCUCUCAAUUAGGCGACGGCACAACUUGGACCAAAGUUCACAGAAUCUCAGCAACCGAAUAUCUCAACUACGAAGGCGGAAAGUUCAGUAAAUCAAAGGGAAUCGGUGUUUUCGGUAGCAGUGCCAGAGAAACCGGUAUUGACGCUGACAUUUGGCGUUUCUACUUGAUUUCAAGACGACCUGAAACGAACGAUACUGAAUUCAAAUGGGACGAUUUCGUGAGCACUAACAAUAACGAACUUCUCAAGAACUUGGGUAAUCUGGUGGCCCGAGUCAUCAAGUUCACUCAAGCCAAAAUGGGCGGAGAAGUGCCAAAAUACUCCGAGGCGCCUUUCCUUGCCGAGCAUGAGAAAGAGGUCAACGAGCAUCUAAAAUCCUACAUCACUUUCAUGGACGCUACCAAAAUGCGCCAAUCCGUUGUAGACUUUAUGCAAAUAUCAUCUCUAGGCAACAAGUUACUACAAGACAACAAACUUGACAAUCGUCUAUUCACGGAAGAGCCAGACCGGUGCGCGGCCGUGAUCAACAUAGCACUCAACCACAUCCACCUUCUUGCCAGUCUCCUCGCACCAUUCAUGCCCAGCACCUCCGAAUCUAUAUUCGAACAACUCGGAGUUGAGCCUACCCCUCACAUCACUGACAAAUGGGUCACCGACGCACUCAAACCCGGUCACAAGAUCGGCCAAUCCAAGCUCCUCUUCUCCGUCAUCCCUGCCACAAAGAUCGAAGAAUGGCGCGAAGCUUUCGGCGGUGAGGAAGCACGCAAACAAAAAGCCCUCGAAGCCGAAAAGGCAGCUGCAAAGAAGGCCGCCAAGGAGAAAGAGAAGGAGAAGAAGAAACUUAAGAAAGAGGCGGCUGCUAAAGCUGCUGCUGAGGCUGCUAACGCCACGGCAAGCGCACUUGAGAAGAAGCUGACGAUAGAUGACGACGGACAGAAGAAUCUUCCUUGAUUUAAGCAUUUUAGCUUUCAUUUAAAGAGUUCAUGGUCAACUGGUGUGCAAGAGCGAUGGUUCAGUGAUUUGAUUUCUGUAUCUCUUUUUGCUUGGCUAGAUUACAUAGUUGCUUGGUUGUGAAUUUCGGGUGGCCUGUGCAUAUUACUUAACGCGUGCCUUUUAGCUGCGUCGAAAACAGAUCCAGUACUCAACGUACAUACGCAGAGAACAAGAUCUAAAUCCCCAAGAUAGAUUUAGGGUCGCAUGUCAAUCUCAUACAUCUACUUGACAUUAUCAGG